AUGGCUUUCAGCAGAGUAAUGCUGGGCUUCCUAGGCCUAUUCUUCACGGCCGGAGCUCUGCUACUGAUGUUCCUGACCCUGCUCGGAGGAGCACGGAACUCGGUCCCUUUGAACGAAAUCUACUUCCUCCAAGUCGACACAGGCAACAUUCCAGGUGCACCAUCUGUAUCCCGAUGGACAUUCUGGAACAUCUGCGCUGUCGGCGACAAUGGGAAGAGCGAUUGUGGAACCUCAUACCCUGACUUCCCCUUUGAUCCCCCGAGCCACCGCAACUUCGACACAACAACCAAUAUCCCUGCAGCCUUCAUCGGCACAAACCACUACUUCCUGACCUCCCGGUUCACAUUCCCAUUCCUUAUUAUCGCGCUUUUCUUCGGCGUUGUAUCUCUCUUCACUGGAUUCCUGGCCAUGUGCACCCGUAUCGGCAGCUACCUCUCAUCCCUGAUGGCAUGGAUUUCCUUGGUUUUCCAAAUCAUAACGACAUCCCUGAUGACCGCCGUCUUUGUCCAGGGUCGCAACAAGUUCAACGCCAACGGCCAAACCGCCCGCCUGGGCGCCAAGUCAUUCGGCUUCAUGUGGACUGCUGUAGCCUGUCUCCUCCUCGCUUGCAUAAUGUACUGCCUCGGAGGCUCCGUCGGCGGUAAAGAAACUGGGUACAGCGGUCGCGAGCACCGUCGUCGUGGUUUCUUCUCUUCCCAACGGUCCAAUAGCGUCCGGAGCAACAAGGAGGCCAACCCAUGA